AUGACGUACGUUGUACGGGUGGUUCUAGUGUGUGUUUUGGUCGGUUUGAUCGACUCUAAUCCGGCCGUUGAUAGUGGCAGUAUUGUCAAUCAUUUGGAAUCGGAACACGGCACCCUCAGCAAGGCGGCGCUAGAGGAUAGCUUCAUUCGCCGGCUUGGUGGCAAAUGCACGCAGAAGGACAACAGUUCCUGCGUGAUGCUGAAGUUGGUUACCUACAUGAACCGGAUGCUGAAAAAGUCCACCAUUAACCUCGGGGAUAGCUUCGAGCUGAUGAAAACACGCUCGGACGAACAGCUAUCGGAUACGGACGCGGACGAGCUAUCGGUGUUGGGCCGUGCGUCCACUUCGGACGACCACAAGCUAAGCGUGAUGGUGGCAGACAAGAUCUGGCGCUUCAUCCACAGCCGCAGCCUCCGGUGGCGGGCAACGAGGGCGACGGAUGUGGUGGUCGCUUCCGGUGAAGGUGGCAAGCUGAAUCUGGGCGUAUCGCUGGACACGCGCCGCCUGUUCGAGGAAGGCCGCGGUCGGCUGAAGCAGUACGCACCGAUGCUGGCCGCCAUCGUCAUGAAGGCGGUGUUGGUCGGUGCGCUCGUGCUGAAGGGUAUCGCACUGCUCGUCGGCAAAGCGCUGCUCGUUUCCAAGCUCGCCCUGGUGCUGGCCAGCAUACUCGGCAUCAAGAAGCUGCUGCACAAGAAGUACGUCACCUACGAGGUGGUUGCCCAUGCACCGGAACCGCACCACCACGUCGAUACGUACAGCUCCGGGUGGGCCCGUGCGCUCGAUGGCUUCGUGGAGUCGUUCUCGAACGAGCUUAACCGGCGUCUGACGGUUGAUUCCCACGAUCUAGCCUAUCAGCAGCAGGCGCCCACUCAUUAG